UUCCUGCCAAGUGUUAGUAGCCAGGUGCAUACGUUUCCGUCAGUUGGCAGAGAACAACCUUGAAGAACCUUGACAGCAUUUGGAGUUCAGAAAACUUAGUGAUGGAGCCCCCCACGAUGAACCCGGUGGUGGAGCCGUUGUCCUGGAUGCUGGGCACCUGGCUGUCAGACCCGCCAGGAGCCGGGACCUUCCCAACACUGCAGCCCUUCCAGUACCUGGAGGAGGUGUACAUCUCCCACGUGGGCCAGCCUGUGCUGAACUUCUCGUUCAACGCCUUCCACCCGGACACACACAAGCCCAUGCACAGAGAGUGUGGCUUCAUCCGCCUCAAGCCUGACACCAACAAGGUGGCCUUCGUCAGCGCCCAGAACACAGGCAUCGUGGAGGUGGAGGAGGGUGAGGUGAACGGGCACGAGCUGUGCAUCACGUCCCACUCCGUCGCGAGGAUGUCCUUCGCCAAGGAGCCCCACGUGGAGCAGAUCACCCGAAAAUUCAGGCUGAAUUCUGAAGGCAAACUCGAACAGACAGUGUCCAUGGCAACCACUACCCAGCCCAUGACUCAGCAUCUUCACGUCACCUACAAGAAGGUGACCCCGUGACCCCGAGUGUGUGUUGUGACCCUUUGGCUUCCCCGCGGACGCCCACAGCAGGCGUGGGUGUGGCCGCAGGUCUCUGGGCUCCAGCGUGCGGCCAUGUGUUCCUGUAACGGCGUAGAAAAACCAAAUAAAAGGCCUUUAUUUUUACGACUGAG